AUGGAAACUCUUACUAGUGGACGAUCAAAGAGAUCGACAGCGGGAAAAAACUCGAAAUAUGAUGAACGGAACUAUAUGUUAGUAUCAUUUCCAAAAUUGAAGAAACAUGCUAUGGUCCCAUCUCUGUUAGUAAACGUUGACCCGUUAGAUAAACAAAAUGGAAAUAUCAAAACGAACGGAACCAGAAAACCACUUCGAAUAAUUUGUGCUGGGUCAAAGUCAGAAGUUGCUGAAAGAAAAACAAGAUUUGAACAAACAACUGAGAGCGAAGAAGUUAUUAUUAAUCAGGACGAUUAUGAAAAUGACGACGAAAAUAGUGGUAUUGAAGACACUGAUAAUUAUGCAACAAAGACAGCACCUCAUCGUUCGAAAUUAACUCAGAUGACACAACCUUAUAUUGGCUUCCCAUCGGAAAGUAACCGUUUACCUUUAACAACAAUUCAAGAAAACGAUUUUUCAACGAGUGAUAUGCAAAGACAACGUAUCAGUUUGUUCUUUUCCUAA